GCGGCGGGCGUCGUCAGCCAGGAGACAUUGGAUUUAACCUGCAGAAAAGCCCCAUGCUUUGUGAAAUUCUCAGAGAUGGAAAAAAUGGCAAACAUUCAAGCUGAAAUCAAUGAGAAGAAAAUGAAAACUGAAAUUCUGCAGCUGGAGAAGGAGACAGCAGACAUUGCUCACCCUUUUUACUUGGGCAAAAAAUGCGAGAUUUUGCAAGAUAUGAACAGACACUUGGAAGCCGUACUGAAGGAGAAGAGGGCUCUUAGAAAGAGAUUGGUGAAGCCCAGAUGUCAAGAGACCCUGCCUAUUGAGGCCACUUUCCACAAGUAUGUAGUCAAGUUGUUGACUGAGGCUGUGACUUUCAUUGAGAAGCUUGAAAAGCAUUUGCAGACCAUUAGAAGCAUCCCUCAGAUACCGAACAUCAUGAAGAACAUGGACAUUGCUUUGACAAAAACAGAGAUGCUCGUGACGGAGUUGGAGGAGUUGGCAGAGCAAAUAUUGAAAUGGGGAGAACUGCAGAAAGAAGUGUAUUCUGACGGCAUCUGCAAUACUGCUGAAUUGGACUUUGGCUUAUCCUUAACCUAA